GAUGUAUUUGGGCCAUGAUGGAGUUUUGUGUCUCAACUUCUGGGAUAUCUGACCAUGGCCUGGUGUGUGCUGUUCCCAGGGAAGAUCCCCAAGCUGUUCACAGAGGUGGAAGUGAGUUCCCAGAGAGAUCCACAUCCCACUGAAACCCCUGAGUCUCCUGGGAGGAGCUCCCUGCAGGGGGCUGGAAGAAAUCCUGCCACCACGAAGCCACCGAAGAACACCAGGGCUGAGGAGCAGGAUGGGGAGGACCUGGAGAGGAGGAAGAGGAGGAGGAAGGCAACCAAGAGGAAAAGGGAAGGGAAGAGCCAGGAGGAGGAGGGGCCCCUGUCCUGUGACAUCAAGCUGGACGACACCCUGGACCGCACCUUGGAGGACGGAGCCAAACAGCACAACCUGACCGUGGUCAACGUGAGGAACAUCCUGCACGAAGUGAUCACAAAUGAGCACGUGGUGGCCAUGAUGAAAGCAGCCAUCAGUGAGACAGAGGAUAUUCCUCUGUUUGAGCCCAAAAUGACUCGUUCCAAACUGAAGGAGGUUGUGGAGAAAGGGGUGGUGAUCCCGACGUGGAACAUUUCCCCCAUUAAGAAGGCGAACGAGGUGAAGCCACCCCAGUUUGUGGACAUUCCCCUGGAGGAGGAUGAUUCAUCUGAUGAGGAGUACCAGCCUGAUGAUGAGGAUGAGGAUGAGACUGCAGAAGAGAGCCUGCUGGAGAGUGAUGUGGAGAGCACGGCCUCCUCCCCUCGGGGGGCCAAGAGGUCCCGGGCCCGGCGCUCGUCCGACGAGGAGGGGGGGACCCCCUGUGAGGUGGAGAAGGUCACUCCACCUGCUGUGAGGCACAUCAGUGCCGAGGUUGUUCCCAUGGGGCCUCCACCACCUCCCAAGCCCAAGCAGAGCAAGGACAGCACGUUCAUGGAGAAGCUGCACGCGGUGGACGAGGAGCUGGCCUCGAGCCCCGUGUGCAUGGACUCCUACCAGGUACAGCCCGGGGGGGACACCUGGGCACAAAUCAGGGGGAUUUCUGGGGUUUGCUGCCCCUGCUCUCGGUGCAGUCUGCCCUCCUUUGAAUCACAAAUGGAGCCCUGAGCAGGCUGGGCUGGGGAAAGUGUCCCCUCCCUUCCUGGGCCGGGUCAGGCAGGGAACAAAGUGCUCCUGGGUGGCCCUGGGGCAGGGCAGUGACAGCCCCAGAUGUGCUUCCCCUCAGAUGAAGCUGAUGAUGACGAUGACCCCGAGUACAACUUCCUGGAGGAUCUGGACGAGCCGGACACGGAGGAUUUCAGGAACGACCGUGCCGUGAGGAUCACCAAAAAGGAAGUGAAUGAACUGAUGGAGGAGCUGUUUGAGACAUUCCAGGACGAGAUGGGUUUCUCCCACAUGGAGGACGAAGGCCCCGAGGAUGAAGAUGCUGUCCCCGAGUCCAGGCCGAGCUUUAACACCCCCCAGGCCCUCAGGUUCGAGGAGCCUCUGGCCAACCUGCUGAACGAGCAGCACCGGACGGUGAAGGAGCAGCUGGAGCAGCUGAGGAUGAAAAAAUCCUCCCUCAAACCACCCCAGGAGGCUGAAAAAUCCAAACCCCCAAGCGAGAAGCCCCUGCAGAGCCUGGUCCUGGACAGUGCCCAGAGGAAGAGGCUCCAGCAGCAGAUGCAGCAGCACCUGUCUGUGUGUCCCCUCACCUGUCUGUGUGUCCUCUCACCUGUCUGUGUGUCCCCUCACCUGUCUGUGUGUCUGGCCCCUCAGAGCGAGCUGGGGAACUUCGCCCGGAGCUCGACCCUGCUGCGCCUGUCGCUCCAUCCCAAAUUCCAGACCAUGUUCCAGCCCUGCAACCUGCAGGGAGCCCUGAGGCUGCUGGAGGAUUUCCACGCCCAGGUGCCCGUGGACUGGAGCCCCAGGAAGGCCGUCAAGAAGAGCAAUGAAUCACUUUAUUGCACAGUCUCUGUCCCCCACCCCGCCCUGGACGGGUGGAAUUGUCUGGAAUUCCCUCCUGUCUCCUCACAGUACUACAAGAAGACAAAGCAGCUGCCUGUGCUGGUGAAGUGCUGCGAGGAAAUCCAGCCCCACGAGUGGAAACCGCCCGUGGAGAGGGAAGAGCAUCGCCUGCCCUUCUGGCUGAAGGCGAGCUUGCCCUCCAUCCAGGAGGAGCUGAAGCAGCUGGCAGAAGAGGGAGACAGGGACUCACCACUGGCUCUGAAAGCUGCCUUUCUGUUGGAAUGUUGCCCUGUGUGCCACCAACUCACCCUGUGCUCCCUCCCAGGAGAGAACCUGAAGGCCCCUGGCAAGGGCAGGAGCUCCCACAGGACCAGGAACAAGCGGGGCCGGGCCCGGGCCAGCAAAGACACCUCGAAGCUGCUGCUGCUGUAUGAUGAGGACAUCCUGGAGAGGGAUCCCCUGAGGGAGCAGAAGGACCUGGCCUUUGCCCAGGCCUACCUGACCAGGGUCCGUGAGACGCUGCAGCACAUCCCGGGGAAAUACGAAGACUUUCUCCGUGUCAUCUACGAGUUUGAGAUCAGCACGGACAAGAGGACAGCUGUGGAUCUCUACUCCACCCUGCAGAAGCUGCUGCACGACUGGCCCCAGCUCCUCACGGACUUUGCUGCCUUCCUCUUGCCAGAGCAAGCCUUGGAGUGUGGGCUGUUUGAGGAGCAGCAAGCCUUCGAGAAGAGCCGCAAGUUCCUCCGGCAGCUGGAGAUCUGCUUCGCUGAGAACCCUGCCCACCACCAGAAGAUCAUCAAGGUCCUGCAGAGCUGUGCAGACUGUCUGCCCCAGGAGAUUGCAGAGCUGAAGACCCAAAUGUGGCAGCUGCUGAAGGGCCAUGACCACCUGCAGGACGAGUUCUCUGUCUUCUUCGACCACCUCCGGCCCUCGGCCAGCAGGAUGGGAGACUUCGAGGAGAUCAACUGGACAGAGGAGAAGGAAUACGAGUUUGAUGGGUUUGAAGAGGUGUCUUUGCCAGAUGUGGAGGAGGAGGACGAGCCACCCAAGAUCCACGGGGCCGCGAGGAGCAAGAAGAGGAAGGAGAUGGGGGGACAACACAACGACAAGGAGGUGGAGUGGGUGGAGGGGAUGAAGGAGUGUCCCUGUUCCUGCCACGAGGGGAGCAGUGACCCCAAGCUCAAGAAAAGCAAGAGGAGGAGCUGCAGCCACUGCAGCAGCAAGGUGUGUGACAGCAAGUUUUAUAAAAGCAAGGACUCUCAGGAGCUGAGUGUGAGCCUGGCCCAGCAGGAGUCGAGUCCUCGGGCGGAAGGGAAGGACCCUGGGGUGUCCAGGGAACCUGCAGAAGAAAUCCUGGAGAACAGGGACGAGGGGGAGGAUGUGCAGGGCAGAACCAGACCUGCUCCCAGGAAGGUGGACUCUGUGUCUGCAGGUGGGUGCCAGUCUUGUGCCCAGCCAGGUGUGGGACCCUCCCCUCACACAGGAUCUCCCCUGGAAGGAAGAGUUGCCUCCAGCAGGCAUGGAGCUGGUGACAGACCUGCCCCUGCUGAUGCUCAGGUGGCAGAAGGUGCCAGUGCUGGGGUGGAAGGUGCCCAGGACAGAGACUCUGCUGCCCCCAGCCCCAGAUGGACCCAGCUGCCAAAAGCUGCUCUGAAACUACCUCAAGAAACCAAAGACACUGUGGGGAGUGAGGGACUGACCCAGCAGCCUGGAGGGGAUGGGGAUGGUUCCCUGGGGCCAGGCAGGGAUCUGCUGCUGCCUCCUCCCUCUGCUGCAGCCACGGGGCCACCAGGACCUCAGUCCUGCUGCUGCCAGAGCCCAGGGCAGAGCCAGGGGCCAGAGAGCCUCAGGGGGCCUGGCCCUGCCUCACAAGGGGAAGGACUUGAGGGGCCAGCUGUGCCCGUGGAGGGCAGAGCUGAAGCCAGGCAGGGCUGGGUGCCGGCGGGUGGCAAAGCUGGUCGGCGCGGCGUGGGGGCAGCUGGCACAGCCUGCCCUGGGGACGUUCCCCCCGAGGGCAGAACGGAGGGGAGGGCAAACAGCUGCCUCCAGGGGCAUCAGCAUCCCCAGCAGCCGGAGCCCAGGGCGGUGCCAGCCCUGGAGGAGCAGCAGCAGAAGGUCACCGAGGCCACCGUGUGUGCCAAGAACAGCAAGGUCAGCUCCACCGGGGAGAAGGUCGUGCUCUGGACCAGGGAGGCUGACAGGGUCAUCCUCACCACCUGCCAGGAGAAAGGAGCCCACCUGGACACCUUCCAUGCCAUCUCCCAGAAACUGGGCAACAAGACGGCGAGUGAGGUGUCCCACAGGUUCAGGGAGCUGAUGAGGCUCUUCCACACAUCCUGCGACGGGAGCUCCGAGGAUGAGGAGGAUGCAACAAGUACCAGCAACACGGACCAGCUGUCAGAUAAAGACCUCCUGCUCUCUGAGGAAGAACCUGAUGACUGAGGUGAUAAACUACUGACCUGCCCCAGAAGAAGUUUGUUUGGUUUUUUGCCAGUUUGCUGCUAGACAGGUGCUGUGGGAAAACGUUUGCACAGGUAUUAUGACAGCACCUUCCCGGGUUUUUGUUCACUUUCCUGCUCCACUUCUGAUGAGCUGCACUGCCAGCCUGCACCAAACUGGAGGCACCAAGCCAGGUGUCGGGGUGAGAAUGUUCUCCAGAACCUCCCUGGGGAGCUUCAGCAGAGAAACAGCAGAGCUGGGGCUCAGGGACACUCGCCUGGCCUGGGAGGGAAGGUUGGGCACAGCAGCUUUGGACCAGAACGUGUAAAUAUUGUACCCUAAGAUGUCAGUUUUCUCGUGGAAAGAACACAGGACUUUUUCUAAGUUCUCCCCUUGUGUUGAUUGUAUGUGAGAAAGUUACAGUCUGA